UUCAAAAUUAAAGAAUACUGUGAAAUCGACAUUUUUUAAUAUGUUCUGAAUUAUUUCAUGCCAACUGAGGUUUAUUACAAGUGUUCAUUCGUAACAAUUUGCGAUGCCAAUGCAAUGCUUUACGGCGCGUGAGUACUUUGGUUUGAAGUUAAAAAUGGCGUCGCAUACUUGCCGCACCAUCAUAGUUGGAUGCGACUAAGCAGAAGUUUCGUCAAAACAUGAAGGAAACAUUUAUUAUCAGGUGACAGCAACCGCGUGGCCAAUUUUCGAAGAUGAUUGGCCGACGCUGUGCUCUCAUCGCUUUGGGCGGUCUUUUGAUUCUUGUCCUUAGCGUCAAUGUAUAUUUUAUUCGAAUGAUUGUAGAGAGCUCGUCGCACAAAACUUCUUCCAAAGGCAUGCCCAUUUCGCAAUUGAAGCCGGAACAGGAGCAAUUAAUAUUUCAAGCGGAACAAAAUUUACAAGUUUCGCAGAAGUCAGUCGCGAAAGAUAUGGUAAAAAAGAUUCGGGAGGAAAUACAGAUAUUACCAUCGAAAUAUUUCAUGCAAAAUACUAGCUACGCGAUAGUACUGGAGAGAUUGUUAACUGAAUUAAGAAUAAUGCCUAACGCUGUUCAGAAAAAUAUAUGGAGUAUUCCUAAUAGCAAUUGGCCUGAUGCUCAUCAAUUAAUACCACCGGUUGCGCCGGAAUUAGGAACAAUUUUGGACAUCUUGCGUAAAUCAAAAGUGAUGCGCGCGGACAACGCACCGCUUGGUACACAAUUGAAAUUGAUGUUAACUUUGGAACACGGGACGAAAGCGAUGUUCAAGCCUCAGUGGUAUUCCAGGGACGCUAUUAUACGAGGGCCUGUUUAUCAUGGAAAAGAUCGACAUAAUGCUGAAGUAGUAGCAUUCUAUUUAUCUUCUUUACUGGCCUUAAGAAGAGUGCCGCUUACUGUUAUACGAAAACUUGACUUAAGGAAUGAAAUUCGGCCGCGUGCAACUCCGGAGCUUUAUGCUACUAUGUAUCAAGAUGGCAAUGAUACCUGUUUGUACGGUGUUUGCCAUUAUUGCUCUCCUGCGGAUCCAGUGUGUGGAGUAGGCGAUAUUUUAGAAGGUGCUUUAAUUUCUUGGUUACCGCGAUACUUAAGACUCGUGAAACACCGCCAUCCAUGGCAGAGAACAUAUAAGAAGAACAAACUUGCAAUGUGGGAAACGGAUGAUAACUAUUGCGAAAAAGUAAAAGACACUAAAGCUUAUUCUCCACAAUCAUCGAGUAGACUUUUAGAUUUAAUAGACACUGCGAUUUUCGAUUUUUUAAUGGAUAACGGUGAUCGCCAUCAUUACGAAUUAGCACAGAACAAUUUUCAUAAUCCAGCUGUAUUGUUAAUUGACAAUGGGAAAAGUCUUGGAAAUCCCGAUGUAGAUCAUUUUGAUAUUUUAGCACCUUUGUACCAGUGUUGUAUGAUUCACAAAACUACUUGGGAUCGUUUAAAAUUAUUUAGCGGCGGUUCAUUGAGCAUAGCUCUUGCGAGGCUUGUUGCUCAUGAAUCGUUAAUGGCUGGUGUUCAACCCCUUGUUACAGAAGCCCACUUAAGUGCCAUGGAUAGAAGAUUACUUACUAUUUAUGCAGUUGUAGAAUAUUGUUUAAAAAAUAAGAAAUACGCUUCCAAUGUUAUUUUAGAUCAUCGGUAGCUCAUAUUUAGUACAUUUGAACAACUUAAAUACCUGAGAUACUAGGAGCACACUCGUAUUUUAAAUAGUUGCGAAUUAUACUUUUUUUUUUAAUGUCAUUCCGAGUUCGUCAAUUUAAGACUUAGCAAAAUCUUGCUGGAUUGUUUGUAUUUACUAUUUAAUAUUUACUAUUUAACAUUUAUGCACAAGUACAGUAUAUGUAUAUCUUUGAUCUAAAUAAAACAGCUUUGUAUAUGUAA